CGCCCCGGUCCCGGGACGGCCAAUGCGCUUCCAGAGGAGGCAGAGCCGGGGUCGGAGCCGGGGAAAAACGUCAAACUCAACUUUCUCACCUUGAAGGGAAUUAAGCGCUUCCAAUGCUUCCCCUUCUGCCGCCCUCCCCACCAGCCCAUCCUCCCCGGGACAGCCCUCCGACGGCCCAGGCUUACUUCCCCGGCUGCCCCCUGACCCUCGCGGAGAAGAGAACCGAGUAGGGGGCGGCACCGGCCACCGGUCCCUUCGGUCACUGCUGCCCAGGAUCCGGGCAGCGGCAGCGGCGGGGCUGCGGGGCUCGAUGCGGCGGCCAUGGGGCGCGGGUCCCCUCUCGGGCCGUGCCUGCUGCGGGCAGCGCUGCUGCUCGCCCUCUGCCCCGCCGCCGGCGGCACCUGGAUGUGGCUGGGCAUCGCUGCAGCCGACGGGCCGGAGAAGCCGGGCUGCACCAGUCCUCCCCUGAGCCGCCGGCAGCAGGACCUUUGCAAGGAGAAGCCGGAGCUUGUGCCCGCCAUCCGGGAGGGAGCGCGCCUGGGCCUCCAGGAAUGCCGCAGCCAGUUCCGACACGAACGCUGGGACUGCCGCCCGCAGCCCGCCGCCCGCCGCGGACCCGCCGUCCCGGCAGCGGCCUUCGGGCACCAGCUCAGCAGCGGCACGAAGGAGACCGCGUUCAUCUCUGCGGUGACCUCUGCAGGCCUGGUGCACUCGGUGACGCGAUCCUGCAGCGCGGGAAACGUCACCGAGUGCUCCUGCGACACGAACCUGCGGCACGGGGGCUCGGCCAGCGAGGGCUGGCACUGGGGAGGCUGCUCGGAUGAUAUCCACUACGGAAUGUCCUUCAGCAGAAAGUUCCUGGAUGUGCCCGUGAAGAACCUAACGGGCAAGAGCGGGCUGGUGGCAAUGAACCUGCACAACAACGAGGCUGGGAGGCAGGCUGUAGCAAAGCUGAUGUCAGUGGAUUGCCGAUGUCAUGGUGUCUCUGGGUCCUGCGCUGUGAAAACUUGUUGGAAAACAAUGUCUUCCUUUGAAAAGGUUGGCUGGUUUUUAAAAGAUAAGUAUGAAAACAGCAUACAGAUAUCAGACAGACUGAAAAAAAAGCUGCGCAGGAAAGAGAAAAGCCAGAGAAAAAUACCAAUUGGGAAAGAAGAUCUGCUCUAUGUGAACAAAUCCCCCAAUUAUUGUGUUGAAGACCAAAAAUUGGGCAUCCCUGGCACGCAGGGGAGAGAAUGUAACCGCACUUCGGAGGGACCUGAUGGCUGUAACCUCCUCUGCUGUGGGCGUGGGUACAACACCCACGUUGUCAGGCACGUGGAAAGGUGUGAAUGCAAGUUUGUCUGGUGCUGCUACGUGCGCUGCCGGAGAUGCGAGACCAUGACCGAUGUGCACACCUGCAAAUAAGAUGAAGUACAGGAAACACGGCAAAGCCAUUCUGCACUGAUUGCUGCCCAAAGCAGGACAGUAAUUACUCUUACCAAGGGGGAUUGCAGGGGAUCAGCCUCAGUGAGAACGGGGACUGCCAAACAAAGGGCACUCCAGGCAUUUGGAGUAUGAAAGAGCAACCAAGUGAGCAGCAGCCUGCAUGCAGAGACAGCUGAAACAACAAAACAGGGCUUCUGGUGGCACAUUUGAACAUGUAACCAUGACCAGGGACAGACACUAGAUUUCCCAGGUUUUUAACAGCCACAGCAUCCUGAAGAUCCAUGUGGUCAGUAGGCCCAGCGGAGAAAAUUCUAGAACUCAAUUAGUCAGUGACAAAAGAGUUGAGAGGUCAUGUAGAGACAUAUUAGAUACAAUCUUUGUGUCUGUAUUUUUAGUGCAGGGACUAGAUCACCCAGCAGAUGGUUCAUUUCUGCAGGUUUUGCAGAAUAACAAAAGAUAGGAGAAAUGUGCUGUUGUCCAUGAAGCAUUAGCUUAGUGAUCACUCUGAAAGCUGUUUUCUGUGUAAUGUGCAGAGAAGCAUCUGGUACUGAGACAUGUGGGUGACUGCAGAGGCCUGGGCAGUCCAUCGGCAUGAAGCAAGCUGUGUAUGGAGCAGAGGGGCUGGAGUACAAUGAGAACUGUGUACCAAAUAGCAACUGUGGGA